GGCAAGAUGGCGGAGGUGGAGCCGCGGCUCCGAGACGAAACAGGCGCAGGUCCAGGCCCAGAGCUUGAGGCUGGCGCAGCGGAUAGCAGUCACGGGCAUGAGGGAGAGCAGGAGGUGCCAGGGGGCGGAGGCAAGAGGACCGAUGAUUUUGGAGUGGAGACAGCGGAAGAAGCUACAGAGCCUUCAGAGCCAGACAUUAAUGAACUCUGUAAGGAUAUGUUUACCAAAAUGUCUGUCUAUCUGCAAGGAGAGCUUACAGCUACCUGUGAAGAUUACAAACUGUUGGAGAACAUGAACAAACUGACUAGCCUUAAGUACCUGGAGAUGAAGGAAAUCGCCGUUAAUAUUAACCGCAACCUCAAAGAUCUAAAUCAGAAAUAUACAAGUCUACAACCGUACCUUGAUCAGAUUAAUCAGAUUGAGGAACAAGUCGCAGCAUUGGAACAAGCAGCAUACAGAUUGGAUGCGUACUCCAAGAAACUAGAAGCCAAAUUUAAGAAAUUGGAGAAGCGAUGACCUGCACUACAUUGAAGAUGUCAUGAACGAUGUAUGUUCUUCUGUGGGUAGAUGAUGUUCAAGUGACUGCAGAAUGAAGCAGGCGACUGAUGAAACUUGCAUAUGGUGAUGGAAGGCGUAUUGAUUCGUUCUGCACUGACAAACCUGCAGCGAAGACUGGUUGAAUUAGAGCAUUCUUUUACCUGCCUAUACAGGCAAGCAGUAAAUCUGCAAGUAAACUAUUUGGACUAGAUACAUUGCAAUUACUAACUAUUUUGUAAUAAUGAGAAAUGGUUGCUGUACAAACAUUUAAAGCUUAGCUUGUUGUUCUGUUGAACUUAUUUAAGUGUCUCUGUCUUAAUCUUUUCUGUGACCGUUGGGGCAUAGCUACUGGGUGAUUCCUGUGAGCACAAGGGUGGAGCGAGAAAAAGCUCUUGAAUCUUCAGCUCUCCCCCUUCUACAGACAGACCUUCUCAAUCGUGUGCAGAGGUGAUUUAGCAACCGACUUACUAAAUUAUGAAAACUGCUUUUUGAUGGUAUAUUGAAUCUAUAUCCAUUCUUUAUAAUAGUUCAUAAAAUCUUACUGAAGACGCUGAUGACUGGUGUAAAUUUUUCUCAAAUUGACUUGGUGUAUAGUAGAGAGAAUUUUUGUUGUUUUGUAUAACAGCACUCAAAAGGCAAUCUGGAACAAGUGGUAAGCAUUGAACUGAAGCGUAGGUUUCCAUAAUCCGUUCACGAUAGCAGUGAAUUAGUAAACGUUUGUACAAUCUUGUACAGUGUAGCAGCUAGUUUGAAAUACUAAUGGUUUGGGCUGAUGGCAACUUGUCACAACAUAUUUGAAAAUGAGUGAAUGAAAUGUCGAACAAUAUAAAGCUUAUUUUUUUAUUUUAUUCAACCAACACACAUCAAAGUUGCUGGUGAACGCAGCAGGCCAGGCAGCAGCUCUAGGAAGAGGUACAGUCGACGUUUCAGGCCGAGACCCUUCGUCAGGUCUCGGCCUGAAAUGUUGGCUGUACCUCUUCUUAGAGAUGCUGCCUGGCCUGCUGCAUUCACCAGCAACUUUGAUUUGUGUUGCUUGAAUUUCCAGCAUCUGCAGAAUUCCUGUUGUUGUUUGUUGUUUUUUAUCUUAUUGCUCAGUUUGCUUUUCUAAAUGUUCAUUGCCAAGGCGUUCUGCCAUUGUUCUUUUAUAGGAAAUAGUAAAGCUGUGGGCUGCCUCUGCCUUCCUGCUUGUUCAAAUGACUGAUGUGGUUUGCUCCCUCGUUAGACACAGUGGCAGCUUCUUUUAUUAAUUAAUAGUGUCUGCAUGGCAGGUACGAUGCAGGGCAUUUAUGUUCCUUCAUCUCAACUGUUCGAUGAAUUCAUUAAGGCUGCCUUGUUCCCCCUGAUCUUCUCCGCAAACCUUUCUUGUCUUUGUAGCAGUUGAGAAUGCUGAUUCUCCAGUUCUGCCCUACAGAUAUGUUCCACAUUUUGUAGAAAUUUGUCACUAUCUUACUGUACUGUUGUGGAGAAUUGGGUGUGAAGGUGGUGGUGAUGUUACAUCCCAAGUGGAGUUUUAGCAUUUGGACGCCCAGGAGAACAUGAUUCUCUUGGUCCUAAGUGUAGUUGUAUGCUAAUUGCAACAGGGUUUUCAACCAAAAUGCCCUGGCCUGGUGUUGUUACUUUACAGAAGCCUCCUCCACUCACUUUCGCCUCACCCCAUCCACAUAUCUGCUUCCCUUGUGUUUAUUUAGCUUUACCAACAAAUGCACAUGAUACUAAACAGUUCAACAAUCCCUCAUUGCUUGUUCACAUUCAAAUCAUAGUCAAUUUCUACUUGAAUUCUCUGUUAGAUUUUCCUCUUUGAGACUUCCCUGCGUUGAUGUGCCCAACUUUGCGGUUCCAUCAGAUCACAUCAGGGGAAAGAAAUUGAAGCCCUACUCUGUUCCAUGUUUUCUCAUAGCUGUCCUGUGUCAUGGAAACUCAUCCUGUACCUAUUCCAUUGCUGCAUUACUUUCUGCUCCAUUGUUUCCACAGCUUCUCCAUUGUUGUAAGAUGCAGCUGAGUAAUAUAGUGCAAUAAAACCUUCAAUGUUGACAGUUGGCAUUUAGCAUGUGUUUUGCAACAUCUUUGCAGUGAUGCAAAAGAGAACGGACAAACCUGGUGCAUUUCACCAAUCUUAUACAGAAAUAGGAUUCAGAACAAAUCUGCAUCUCUGGGCAGUGAAUGCACUACUUUCCUGCACUGGAGAAUUCCUGUGAUCUUGAUCCACAAGUAAAGCUUGAGAUUAACAAUUCACAACUAUUUUUUAAUAUAAUGGGAUGCCCAUUAAACUUAAUACAUGAUCUGUAUUUUAAAAAUGUAUGUUUGGAAGUUUUAAGAGUAUUACUGGAUAAUAUAAGCUUUUUGUGUAAUGUCUGAUUUGAUACUAAUAUUUGAGUCAGUGCUCUUGUACCCAAAUGCAUUAUACCGGUAAAAUGACUAACAGAGAUGUCACUUAUUCUUUGAGUAAAACACAUGGAGGAUAAAGGGUAAGUCAUGUGAUGCAUGUCUUCCCCAGCACAAUUUAAUGUUGUUCUUUAAACCACUUAUCCUUCCAACUCAUGCUAUCAAUUAAGUUAUUCCUUAUUUACGUGUUUGUGUACAUACUUUUUGUAGCAACUAUUUCUGUAACUGAUUUGAAACUAUUUGUUUCUGUAUGAAUUGAACAAAAUAACGAUCAGAACAAUCCUUUGCAUGUUUGCUGCAUUGUUGUCUUUAUGCUUCCAGGACCAUCAACACAAUAUAAUUGAAAGAUUCUGAUAUUAAGGGAAGGCAAACUUUAAUCAGUUUCAGCAUAGUUCUGAGACUACUUAUCUAAGACCAUUCAUCUGAUUCCACCCUAACUGGAAACUGAAAUGCAGGCAAUGCAGGAAGGAUGCACCAAUCUCAAAGGAAUCUGUAGAUGUAUCUGGAAGGUUUUGUGAUUUUAGAUUUUGUUGUAAAGCCUUUUUCUUUGCCUGUAUUGAAACCUUAGUGUUGCUGUUCUAAUGUAUGAGGUGAGUUGGCAGUGAUGAUUGACCAUGGCAGUCCUGAGGCUCCUACAACUGUUUGGCAAUCAUGACCAGCCUUCCUCCAUUCUACCCUAUCCUUAUGUAGCUUGUAAUACCCUAAUUGAAGUCUCAUUCAGUCUUUGAUAUUGGGUGCUUGCUCCACCUCUGUCUACCAUACACUUAACUACAGUGUUUAGGAUUUUAUGCCCUUUACAAUGCAUUGCAGCCGUUCCUUGAAUGGUUUGUUGCUUCAUUGAUUUAUUAUUCUGGUGCUUGCUGGAUGGAGCCCUGUGGUCAGUUGAGAUAACUCAGUUUAGUUUUCACUUUCUGUUCAGCAUCCAUGCCUCAUUUGAUGGCUCCUUUAUUUGGUACUGUAAAUGCAAUUAUCUUUGACUUCUCUGUAAUGCAUCAGUCUAUGUCACUUUUGCUUAAGGGCUAUUAAAAACAAAACUUGUUCCCUUUUUAAAAUCUUGCUAUGUACAUACCAGCUGUGGAAAAUGAAGAUUGCUAGUAUUGAACCAUGUUGCCACCGUUCAGAAAUAACCCUGCAGUAUGUUUUAUAUAUCUGUAUAUAAAUUGAAUGUGAAACUGGUUGUUCUGUAUCCAGUCUCUGCAUUGCACAAAAAAGCUGUAUGUGUUUACAGAAAAUGCACUUUCAGAGUUGUCUCAAAGUGGGAUUAUGGCAGCAGAAAUGAAUAAUACUCCAUCCA